GCCGCCGUCCGCGCGCCACUCCCGGGACAGACCCUGCGCGGCGCGGCGCGCACCAUGGCCCGCCGGGUGGCCUUCGCGCUGUUGCUGCUCGGCCUACUUGGCACCCAGGUGCCCACCCGGGGCCAAGAUUUUGAUUUAUCGCAUGCCCUUGAUGACCAUGACAAGAAACCCACUCCCGCCCCACCAAAGCAAGGCACCGAUGAUAACUUCAAUUUAGAAGACGCCCUUGGUGGAGGGAACAAUGACCCAGUGUCACCCGAACCACCCAAGCCAAAACCUAAUCCAAACCCCAACCAGCCCGGCUCUUCUGAUGGCUUUUCGGAUUUGGACCUGGCUGAUGGGACUUCAGAUGGAGGAGGCGGUGGUGGCGGAAAGCAGAGGCAUGACGGGGAGGAGCAGGCCGACUCCCCAGGCGUGGUCCCUGGGAUCGUUGGUGCCGUCGCAGUGGCCGUGGCCGGUGCCAUCUCCAGCUUCAUCGCCUACCAGAAGAAGAAGCUGUGCUUCAAAGAGAACGAUGAGUCGAAGACCUAGGGACGAGCAGAAAACCCCAGGCGGGGCCUCAAGAUCCUCCUUUCCGAUCCGCGUUUAUCUACAAAGACGCAGAGUCGAAAGCAGACCUUGCUGUCAUUUGUCCUUUUCCUUAUUAGUAAAACUGCCGCAGUGAUGUGUUUCUCCCAGACCGGAUGCCAUACCUUGAAUCCUAUAUGUUUUCUCCCUUCACGGUGCACGGAAGCGUAUGAUAUUACAUUUUAAGGCCCAGGUAGCUUCAGAAUAAGGAAGAGAAAUGCAGACAUUUCCUUUUAAAGUGAAAUCCAACAGAAGGGGGAAAUGGUGCCGCCGGGGGCUUCCGUGAGCUAGCCGGGUUUCUCACCAUCCCCCGUCCUUGCCAGCGGAUCCUGCAGGGGGGUUAGCCGUCCCGCUUUCAGAGUCCUGGGGCAAAGCCGGCCCUGGGUCAUAGGGUUUCAUCUUUCACGCUCAUGAUGGGAUUUUUAACCUUCUGAUUCCAUAGCCCCUGGAUUUUUAUGGUCCAUUUCCAUGAAAUAUUUCCUAACUCUUUCUCGGAUCGGCUUUUGCCAAUUAUGUGAAUUUCCCAGUUUGCAGCGGGGGGAAAAAAAAAAUCCACCUAUUUCGGAAAAACCUAAAAAUCUCACGAUCUUAAAUUUCUAAGGUCAGUGGAGAAGUGAGUGUUGGGAUCUUGACACCCUAGAAUUCUUGCAUCCUUGUAUAUCCCCGUUAGCAUGGAAGUCAUUGCUGCAUUUUUUUUUUUUUUCCUUUUUAACAUCAGACCAUCUCCUUCUUGUGCGUAAAUAUUAGUUUUCUUUUUCCGACUGUGUGCCGAGCGUCAGGGUGACGUCCAUUCCCGGGGUGAAAUGACUGGUGGUGAUCUGGUGACCGAGUGGCAGGUUUUGGGGGUUAGUAUCAGGAGGUGGGUUAAGAACCCUGCAACGGAGGCUCUCCGUGCCCCUCCCGUGGGCCUGGUCCUCUUCCGCCGGUCACCCUGAUGGCCUUGACAGUGGUCACCUUGCCGGCCGUCUGGGUCUUUGAAGAAAGCGUCUGCAGAUUUCUUGGUUCUGAUGAAAUAAAGCCCGUGUCCCGGUUAGCACAGGGGUGCAUUUAAAUCGAAUCUCUGUGCCCCAAGAAUUAAGUCCUCGGUGUGAACUCCGGAUGAGACCCUGCCGGUCAGUGGUCUCUGGGGUCUGCCCUUGGCCCCAGUGCUUGCUGUGUUUACGUAAAUAGCCCACACACAUAGAGACCCCUAAAGCUGCCAUUGCUGUAAUUGCCUUCAUAGCUCAAGCGGCUCCUCGCUUCAAAGCAUGUGAGUUGCUUUGGUUUUGAUUUUGAGAUGUGCUGUGUUUGGCCUUCUAAGUGUUGAGGUUGCAGCGGGACAAUGCACCUUGUGGAACCCUGGUCUCCUCUUAGGGGUCCCUGGGGUUGGGUUGGGCGCUUGGCAACGGGGAAUCGGCCCUGUAUCCCUGACUAUACGGCUCCAGCUAAACAGAAUCCCAGGGGGCCGAUCCUUUUCCCCGCCCACGAAGCACCCACCCUCCCUCAGGCUCUCCCCAAAUGCUGGGCGUUGGUGACACCAAGUGUGCCAGCAUCCCCUCCCCCUCCCCCCAAAUGUCUCUUCAGAUAAUGGAUUGAACGUGCCUUUUACUUGUUGGAAAUAACGCUUGGCCCCAAAUGGAUUUGGGUCUGGCUGUACUUUAUUAUUUCCCAGGGGCAUUUCUUUUUUUCUUUUCCUUGAACGUAGCCAGAUACAGGGUUUCUGCGGACCCAUUAGAAUAUUUGUACUGGGUUUUUUCUUCCUUUCUUUUUCUUUUGGUAGGGAGAUUCUUUGUCAUGUGAAAGUAAAGCACAUUUAGGAUUUCUCGUCAUAAUAGUUCACUCUUAAAAUGUGCGUGUGUUCAGAGCCUACCUCCUGCCCGGCCAGCAGAAGACGUGACAUUGGCAGUGACCAUCCUGCAGUGUUUUCACAGAUCUCUUCAAACUCUCUCCUCUUUGGGUGUUUCUCUUUCUUUUUUUUGUCAUCUUAGAACUUUGGUCUCUGACUGGGGUCUCCUUUCGUGGUUGGGGGAAAGGGUGAGGGCUCGUGGAAUCCAUUUCAUGCAGACGGGGGAUGCGUGUUUCUGGGACCGGGAUGAAAAAGGGUGUUGGGUGUUCACGCGUAAUGCUAACCCCAGAUGCUGGUGUUUUGCGAAAAUCAAAGCUUCGGGAAAACAGGAGAACGGUUGUCAUGGGUCCCGUGAGCUACUUCAGUCCUUUUCAUGUCAUACGUGCUUCCGUGUCCCUUCCCGAACAUGCAGUAAAGAAAUAAACAUGUUUUGACUGGGAA